AUGGUACUCUUUCCCAAGGGAUAUUGCACCUGCACUUCACGCACGUUGGACGCUAAGCUUGAAAUAAUGAAGAAACGAAGAGUGCAUGUUCCUGCAUUCAUUGAUUGGCAUUGGAUUGGACAAAAGGGGUUGAUGGAUGCCAUGGAUCCUUAUCUUGACAAGCUAUUUAAUGGAUUUCAUGGCCAAUUUAUGUGCUUGGGGUGGAGACGGAUUUCUGAAAUUCAAGAGGUGGUUUCCAAGGAAUUGGUUUAUGAGUUUCUUACAAAGGUUUAUUUUGCAAGAAAAUAUGGGAUUUAUGACGAUGAUAACCUUACAUUUUCCCUUGGUGGGGAAAGGUGUUCUCUUAGCCUCACAGAUUUUGCACUUAGGACGAGAAUUUAUCUUCCGUCCGAGGUUCAUACGGAAUUGUACCAACAGUUAAUUGCAGCAGCUUCUAUAAGAAAUAUUGAGUGGUUAUAG